GCUGCCAUUCGUGAAUUUCAGGGUGUUAUUCCCAGAUAUUUGCUGGCAGCAUUCCAUCUUAUGGGUGCACAUCCAUUUGAACGCUUGGAUUUAGUUAUCAUGCCGACAUGUUUUGCCAGUUUAGGAUUUGCAAGUCCCAGUGUUUCAUUCCUGUCUGAGUCGUUAUUAUGCGGGGAUGGCAGUAUGUGUUGUAGAUUGGCUCACGAGAUUACCCAUUCCUGGUUUGGUUUUUCAAUUGGUGCUGCUGACUGGAAUGAGGAAUGGCAGAGUGAAGGAUUUGCUACGUAUAUGGAAGACCAUAUCCAGGCAUUAGCCAGGCAGUGGUCUGUGGAUGAGAAAAGCCAGCAAUUAGAUCUUCAUGCCCGACUGAGGUACAACAUACUGAAGUCAGAUCUAGCAAAUACAGAUGACAACCUUCAAACUUUAAAACCAAGUAAACACAUAGAUGACGACGAACAUAUUGACUGCAUACAAGAUGGGUUAAAUCCUGAGAAAUGGUUGACGCAAAUACACCAUAUAAAAGGAUACUUUCUUUUAAGAUACCUGUCAAAAUUGGUUGGAGAAGAGAUAUUCUUUCAAGUGCUACAAACAUACAUCAAAAAUUUCCAUGGCAACCUGGUACCCUCGAAGAAGUUCUUUGACACAUUAUUCAACAUAUGUCCUUUUUUACACGAUGAAGGUUUCACUAUAGAUGCUAUAUACAAAGAUUGGUUAGAUUUUCCUGGGAUGCCUUUCAUUCUACAGAAUCAGUUACCAUGGAAACAGGACAAUCCACUCAUUAAUGAAGUGUACACUGAGGUUGAAAAAUGGAAAUGCAGAGACAAAGCUUUGAGAAGAAAAAGAAAGCGUAAAAGGGCAAAAGUGGGACAUUUGAAGACAACACAGUUAUCUCCUGCUCAACUUGUUCUGUUCCUUGACACACUAUUAGAAUUGAAUGUUAUAUCAACACACACUUUAAAAGAACUAGAUGCCAUUUAUGGUUUUUGUCACCAGAAUGCAGAAAUACAGCAUCGUUGGUGUGAACUGAUUGUCAAAUUUCAAUUUCUGCAGAAGUAUGAUGAUAUCAAAUCUUUUUUAAUCAACCACCAGUCAAUGGGUGUAUAUUUAUAUGGAGAACUGACUCUAUCAGGAAAUACUCAUCAAAGACAACUUGCCGAGGAGUGUUUUAGCAGAGUGAAGGAUGACAUGGAUCAAGUGUGUUAUAAAGCUGUUUGGAAUAUGAUAUAUGGAUAA